UGGACCCCUACUCAGCUCCGCGGUGAAUGAGAGAAUCGUGGGAAUUUUCUCCAACUUGAAGGAAAAAAAAAAACUUGUCAACAGCUGUUGGAGCUCAUCAGGCGUGAAGGAGCAGCAGAGACAUUUCAUUCAGAACAUGACCAGUUCAUUGGAGAGGGUUGUGGCCCAGAAGAAGGAGGCCAUCGAGGCGGUGAUGGACAUGUUUGAAAAGGGGGCCGAGGUGUUGGCGAGCGCCGUGGGCGAGCUCUUCCCCAUCUGUGAGGCAGCCGCUCCAGUUCUCCGUCUGGCCUUAGACAAUGUCCACAGCAAAGAGGUCUUCUAUGUCAAAGAGCAGUUCCUGAUGGUGAGGAACAAACUGGAUGUCCUCUCCUCCCAACUGGAAGACAUCGACUGUGAGAUCAAGAAGGGGCGACUGGAUUCCCAGUACUUCUCAGUAGAGGAGAACAUAAGGAACCAGUUUCGGAAAUAUGUGGACAUCUUGGAGGCGAAGCAGCAGUUCAAGGAGGUGAAGACCAGACUUUUUGUGGAGCACUUUGCCAAAACUGGAGGAGAGAAGAACCUGUUUGUGCUGUAUGAUGCUCUGAUGGGAGCAAACAGCUUUGGAGAGUCGGUUUUAGAGGUGGUGGAAAGGUAUGUUGCAAGGAACCGUCGACUCCUUGAAGAUUUCUGUGUACGCAUGAAGGAGCUCUUCUGUUUGGGCUUGAUUGCUCUGCUGGGCCACUGUGCCUUAACCCAGGGCCAAGAGGAAGAAGACGACAAAAUCCAGGAGUGGAGCAGCAAAAUUGAAGAAGUCGAGUCCAGGAUGAAGACAACCAUCGAGUCCUGUAUCGCUGCCUUCCCAGAGCAGGCUAAAUUAGACGCCCAGCGCCUCCUGCAUGAAAAGGGAGAAGAGAACCUGCAAGUCACGACUCAGCAGCUUCUUGAGUUCUUGGUGAAAAAGUACAACUGGGUCAGCUGGUCUGUGCGGCUAAUCAACCAUUCAGGGAGCACCUACCGGAACUGGCGAGCAGGGGAGCACUUUCACCACGUGGCAGGACAGAACUGGUUCGAGGUGCUCCAGGUGAACAACAUCAACCUGGUGGUGUCGUACAGCAGCAAACCGCAGCCGGUGCCCCGUGACUGCAUCCAGCAGGUGAUGGAGAACCAGGGGAAGAAAGGAAACGCCCCAGCAGUGGUGGAGGUGUUGGAGAAGCAGCUGUGCGGGUUUGUGGUUCACGCCGUCAGUCGCCACAAGCAGUCCGCAGCUGCGUGGAGCUUUCCGGAAGACUGUCACUACUGGGAGAGACACAAGAAUGUUGCAGUGUGUGUGCACUCAGAGUAAAGCUGACACGUGUUUAAGAGUCUAGGAUUUGACAGCAGAGGGGUGUGUUUAAACUGAGAUACUGUAGAUUUGUGCAGCUUGUCCGUCUGCAAGAGUGAGCUGAGAUUAUCAGCAUGUAUGUUUACCUUGAAUUAAAAUAAUGAAUCUUAGAAACUGGGGAUGCACCGAUCUGAUGCACAGGAUAGGUGUCAGUGACGAUACUGAACGACCAGAUGUAACCACAUUAAACCUGUUUCUUAGUCACGUUUUCAUAAAAGUCAUUUCACCUUUAUUGCACUGAAUCACUGACUGAAUUUGGAGCACCACAAAUCCCUUGUGCUCAGUAUUGUUCUAUUUGUCAGUAUUUUUCAGCAGUAUUUGUUCACUCUUUCUGGGAUGAGCUUCUGUAACUAAAUACAUAAUAACUCACAACUUUUACUUACAGUUAAGAAGUACAGUACAGUCAGUGGUGGAAGAAGUAUUAUCAUUUACUUCAGUAAAGGUAGAACAUUGUAAGGGUUAGGGUUAGGGUUUACACAGUUAGUUUUAGUCUAGUGUUUCCAAACCCAGUGGUCGUGCCUCUCUGAGGAAGUCACAGCAUAGAAAGAAAGUAGUAGAAAGCAUCGAUGCAGGGAGUGCAAAGCCGCUGCGUUUGAAAACGCUGCUAUCUUGCCAGGUGAUCGCUCUUGAAUGAAACUAUCUUUGAAAUCUCUUUGGUCGUUGCUAACAACUUGUAAACAUCUAGAACAUGUCGCAGAGCCCCUAUAACAUUGUUUAUCUGCAAUAGGUCACAAGCCUUAAAGGCUGGGCACCACUGGUUUGAUCUUAAACAACACAUUGUACUUGUAGAAAGAAAACCACACAUCAAACACACAUUAAACACACAUUAAACAUGGCUUAAUAACAAAAAUUUCAAACACAAGUACACAAAUCAGCUUCACUAUAACUCGCAGCAUUCACAGACAAACACUUGUCUUUAUCUGGACACAUGUUCCCUACAAAUACAACACACUAAUGUUUUUAGCACAAGCCUAUGGCAUUUUACAUUGUAUAAAUUAGCCUAGAGGCUAGCAGACUUUAUCUCUACUCAUAUGAAACCAGGGACAACAGCAACAUUUAACAAAGGUAACGUUACAAAAUUUGGCUCCAUUACAACUCACAAGGUUCACUGACAAAACAAUUGUCUUACACUAAACAAGUUUUCCAAACAAAUACAACAUGCUAACGUGUUUAGCACAAGCCUAUGGCAUUUUACAUUGUAUAAGUUAGCCUAGCGAUGAGUGGAGAUUUCCUCUGCUCAUAUGAAGCCAGUAUGCUAUGUAAUGCUGUUUUUGUGGAGGCUUUAUUGUCUUCACAGUUUAUUGUUUCUUAUCUGUGAAAUUAAAGUAAAUAAAAGCUUCGUUUCUUCUGAGGGAAAUGGUUUCAGCUUACAAACGCAGACAGGAGGUCUGCAUCCCUGCAACGUCUAGUCACAUUUCUGGGGAGGUGCAUGUCAGGCUGCGACGUAGGGUACGGUGUAGGGUAAGGCAUUGAUUUGACACAAAAGUAUAAAUUCUGCAUACUCUACACAUCCGUACCAGGAGAGAAAAAGACAGAUCGGUGCAUCCCUAUCAGAAACACAGUAUUUCAGACAAUUUGUCAGAAGAAUUUUAUCACAAAUGCACUUUUAUUGGCUUUCCAGGUUGUGUAAACUUUUUAUUUAGUAGGUAUUUAAUUUACAGACAUUUGAUGUGAUUUUAUUUUAAAUUUAAAUAUGAACUGCUUGCAUAUUAUGAACUGUGUCACUGUGUAUCUGUAAUUUAUGAGUUACUAACCAGUUUGUUUAAAAGAUAUUUCACACUAACACUAUAUUAUAUAUAAUAACGAGAAGGAUCUAUGCUUUUACCUCAGCUGCUUUCAGUAAUAAUCCAGUCUCCCAUGAGAAAUGGCUUCUGCACCUUCAGCUGUAAAGAGAUGGUUUUGCUGAGGCUGCAUCUCGCGAGCUGUGCUCCCAUUUUGUCUCUGCUCAGCAGGCUGGCCUACAUAACUCUGACGGGGGGACAGAGGUCACUUUUUCAGGCGUGAAAAACAGGAGGCUUGGAGUUUGGCACUGGAGACGCGACAAUGUGCCUUGUGUUUUAAACACAUUCAAAGCCCCCGAACCAAAACAACCAAACCUCACUGCUCACCAGUGCUGUGCCUAUAAUUACGUCAUGGAGGAGAAGUGAUUUCGUCUGCAGCAGUCUUCAUUUGUGCAUUUUGUUUGUCUGCUGAUAAAAUUGCUGAGUUGUUUUGCACUUCCCAGCCAGCUGUGAUGGAUUUUUUUAUUAUCCAUGUGUAAUUUUUCUUAGUUUUUAAUGAUGUUUUUGCCAGAAAUUUAAAUUAAUUUCACUCCUUUUCAUCAAAAUAUUUUCCCCAUGAAAGAGAAAUCUGUCAAAACACACUACAUUUAUGAAUAGUGUAGGUGUUACACCAAUCAGUGAUAUAAAUGCUCAUUAAUUUAAAUCAAAAAGUCAUGUAUUAUUACUUAAAUCACAUCAGCUUCCAUAUUUAAACCAACUAAUCUCAAUAAAAUCAGUGCAUGGUCAAAGUUCAUCAUAUUCUUUCUGCUUUAUGACAAUUAAUGACCAAAUACAAAGAGUUAAUGGACGUGUAAACAAGUAUAAUCUAAUGUCUGCCUCUCUUUUCUUGUACAAAUGUGAUUUAUGCAGCACUGUAAG